AUGUCUUUCCUCUGUGUGAAGUCUCUGCUGCUCAUGAGCGCGCUGCUACUGGCCGUGUCUUACUGUGAAUCCUCUGUCGAGAAGUUGUCGAGCUGUUGUCGAGCUGUGAGUCCACUGAAAAUUAAUCAAAAAAUCAUCAACAUCAUCCCACAGCGGCCAUUUGGAGAGUGUGUCCCUGCUUUCAUUGUCCAGACAGAGACCAGUCUUUUCUGUGUGAGUCCUACUGCACGCUGGGCCCGAGCCGAGGUGCAGAGAAUAAAGGAAGAAAAAGAAAGAAUGAAAGCUGCUACUGCUCCGCCCACAAUGUCUCUGUACACCAUCCUGUCCUCCAGCGCUGCUCCUCCCACUCCCACUCCAACAUCAGCCCAGCCCAGUCCAGUGUCGGAACUCUCUGCUGGGGAGACUUCAGCCCAGCCCAGCCCAGUGUCGGAGCUCUCUGCUGCGGAGACUUCAGCCCAGCCUAACCUCACCCAUGGCUCUCCUCUCCCCCCCACUGCUGAUGAUGAGAUGCCCUCUGAAAACUCCAUCUAG